GAAGGCCCCCCCUUCCCUCCCCCAUCAGAAUUCCUCCUGCUGAGGCAGGAGGCGCCUGGGAGGGCCCCCCCUCAUUGUGCAGCCUUUUCCCUCCGUGGUUGUUAGGGGAACCUCUGGAGUCCUUAAGUGGACCUGGCUUCCCACAUGAACGUGGCUUGUCACAAGGCCACAAGUGGCCACCACUCCCAAGCGCCUCCGAGGUUGGCAGCCCCUCCUCCUCCUGUUGCCCGGGGCAUUUGUUGGCAUGAAGCAAGGCGGGAGGGGAAGGAAGUCCCAGCCUCCUUGCUCAGAGGGGACGGCAGGCAGGCGGAGGGUGGACGGGGGGGGGGGGGAACCGCAGCCUCCUCUCAGAAGGGAGCAGCAUCGGAGGCCACGGGGGGCACGGAAGAAGCUCUCGGCCCUGCAGCCAAGGAGAAGCCCCCCUCUCCCCCUCUCCUGGAUCUCAGCCUGGGAAAGCAGUCCUCAGUAAGGUCUGUGCCCGGGCCAUUGGCCGCUGCCGGCUGGGAGAAGAGAACCAUAGCAGAAGGCCGAAACUGUUGGUAGAUGAAAGCAAAGUUGGAGAAGGGGAGCAGGGGAAGAUAGAGGGAAGGAGAGAGUCGUGUCAGGAGCAGUUAAACAGUCACUCGUUCCAGUUCUGGAAUCCCUUGAACAUUAACUAGGAAAGAGGGGACGGGAUCGCCCUUCAGCCUGACUCGGCCUGAGCCCGCGGGAAAGAGAGAGGGGGAGCUCCAGGCCAUGGCGCAGGAGCAGCGGGGCAGCCCCAGGGACGGCCUCCAUCCGGAGGGGCUUCAGCGCCUUUUGGCCGCCUGCCAAGAAGCCAAGAGGUUCGCCUACUGCCCCUACAGCAAGUACCCCGUGGGAGCAGCCCUCCUGACCGCCGAGGGGAAGAUCUUCACAGGUUGCAACGUUGAGAACGCCUCUUUCCCGCUGGGCGUCUGUGCCGAGCGAACGGCCAUCCAGAAGGCCGUGUCCGAAGGCCACACCAAAUUCCAAGCCAUGGCCAUCAGUUGCAACAGCCGAGAGUCCUACGCCCUUCCGUGUGGAGCCUGCAGGCAGGUCCUCCGAGAGUUCGGCCAAGAGUGGGCGAUCUACUUGACCCGGAUGGACGGCACCUACAUCCAGAAGACGCUGGAGGAGCUGCUGCCUUUGUCUUUCGGGCCGGAGCACCUGAGCUGCUAGGUGGGAAGGAGGACGGCAGGGCGGCUGCUCGGCUUCUCCCCACCUCCAAGGGCCCGAGAUCCCCUGAACGCCUGGUGGGCCCCCCCAGCCUCCGGAGCCCACGGAGGCCUAAACCUCCCCUCAAAAGGGAGGCGGCUGCACCCUUUGGAGGCUGGCAUUCCCAGCAGCUGCUCCCUGAGCAACCGGGAUUGUUAGCGUCAGUUCGAAGGUCUCCAGAACUCUUUUAAAAAUAUAUAUAUAUACAUUUUAUUCAUAAAAGUCCCUGCUUGGUUCUAGGCAGUUUUCCCAGAAAGGUCUGCCUGAAUCUCAGGUGGGGGUGGGGGUGGGGGAGCUGCCUUGAGACAAAACCCUUGGCUCUUUUAUUCUGCCCUGCAAGAGGAAGGGAGGGGCUGUACAUUCGUAGCGAGGCAGAAGUUGCCACCUUACCUCUUAGAAAACCACUAGCCAGGAUAUUAGGAACCAGAAUAGCUGGUUUAUAAGAAAAAACCCACAAACCACACGGCUGGCACACUUUGCAAGAUACCCGUGUCAUGGGGUGAAAAACAAUAACAAGCGUAAAGGUUUAGGGAGCUGAAAUCCAAAUAGCCAAUCAAUAUUACCUGUUAGGAACGCUUUAUUAAGGGGAAGGGCAGAGGGUUGAAGGCGACCAUCCCUUGACUAUGAAAACGGCUGUAAGGUUUUAAUCUUGGCCCUGGGCUGCCUUUCCCAACCUGGGUCCCUGGUACCAAAAUAAAAGCAUAAUUCUGCAUCACA